CAGCUGGGAAUCAGUCGACAACAAGUCCUGUCGUGGUCAUGGCACCCGUCGCUGAGUCGUGCCCCAGGAAGGCGCCCUGUAAUGGCGAGACUAUGUGCGAUGCGCUCGGCGGCAAAUCACUCGUCGGUGCCGCUCUGCACAGCGAGACCAGUCCGCUGCUGCCGUCCACUGGCUCUCCCCGGGUGAACGACAGGUCGCCGCCUACCGACGCCGAGGACGGUAGGUGCGCCUCCCCGGCCUGCCCUCAGCCGGAGUCGCCGGGCGCCGGGCGCUGCUCGGCCUGCCGACACUGGGGCCUGCUGCUGGCGCUGGUGGCCGCCCUGUCCUCCUCACUGGUCAGUGUGGUGGUGCAGCAGCUGUCUGACGUCGACCCGGCCUGUCUCUCCGCCUUCCGGUUCCUCAGCAUAGUGCCGCUGGCCGGCCUGGAGGCGCUGCGGCGCGGUCAGGACAUCUUCCCUCGCGGUCAUCGCACGGUGCUGCUGCUGCGCGCGGUGCUGGGAGCGGCAGCGCUCAUCUGCAAGUUCUACGCCCUGCGUCGGAUGCUGCUGGCCGAUGCUAGUGUGCUGCUGCUCAGUGCGCCUGUGUUUGUGUCCGUGUGGGCGUGUCUGCUGCUGGGGGAGCCCUGUGGAGCGCUGCACGUGAUGUCGCUGCUGGCGACCAUCUCCGGGGCAAUGAUGAUUGUCCGUCCAAAGUGGAUGAGAUCCGGAGCAAGGCCCUAUAUACCAUCUGGAGUAGCUGGGGCCGAUGACACAGUGUCUCUGGCGGGCGCGGCGCUGGCCCUCGCCAGCGCGUUGUUCCUCUCUGCGGCGUACGUGACGCUGCGCCGCCUUCAGAGCGUCCACUGGUCUGCCACUGUUCUCGUGUUCGGUGUGGUGGGCGCCGUGAUGUCUUACACAGUCUGGCUAGCUACCGGAGCUGGCCACUCUCCCUCCAGCGCCGCCGAGUGGCUGAUGGUGCUGGCUCUGGGCGCGCUCACCAUGGUGAUGCAGCUGGCCUUCACGGUGGCCUGUCAGCUGGAGCAGGCUGGCCCGGUGGCUGUGGUGCGCACCUCUGAGAUCGUGUUUGCUGUCGUCUGGCAGGUAGCGUUCUUCCAUUGCGUGCCCGGCCCGUACACGGUCGCUGGUAUGGUGCUGGUGAUGAUGUCGGUACUGGCGGUGGCGCUGCAUAAAUGUAUCACCCAGCGUCGGGAAGACGGGAGACCGUGAGCGAUUCUAAGUGGUGCCUCCUGACGGACGAGUUACGACACCCUUGCAUCCUGUACAUAGUUAGCUUUGUUCUGCUUGUGUGUAUAUACAGCAGUGUACUCAGUAAUGGUUCAAGGUACGGUGAGUCACUAAUAUCAUUUUACCCCCGCUCCUUCUCUUGUAUAUCCAUUGAUUCCUAUAUUCAUUAUUUUGUUUUUAAAACAGGCAACUGCCCCAGUGCUUUUAAAAAUUAAAUACUUAGUAAGAUAUAAAACGGUCUAGAUGGCUUCAGUAGUAAAGAAACUUUUAUAAAGGCGAUAUGCCUACGAAUUAAUUAUGGGAUUUUGCACGGAGAAUAUAGGAAUACACUGCUUCAUUGUCUUUCAUCUCUUAACUAUACACAAAUGAUUCAUAGCUAUUUUUAGCUUAACCAUGUGAUCAAUUCAUCUUUGGUGGGACUUUGAGGAUUUUUUUUUUUUUUUGUAGACUUUAGAUCAUGAUUCAUGAACAGUGCUGUGGUUCGUGAACACUGAACAGCUCUAGGGAGCUUCGUACUCUCAUUAUUGAUUGCGUUUUGACCGGUCCUCUGACACCCACCUUAGUGUCUUUUCUUGAAAGAACACGAGUCUCUUUGUCACGUGAACUGUUUGUAACUUUUAGAACCGAUCGUUUGGUGCCUUGAGUCCCUUGAGCUGCUUUGGACUUAUUUAGGACCCUUUCCAUGAGCAUACUGUCCCCCCCCCCCCCCCCAGUGGCGGCACGUGUUGAUAUUUUGUGUUAAAGUUAUGUUUCCUUCGUCUCGAAAAGUUUGUUCCAAGUAACGUAGACACAGGAAAAAACAACAGUCUAAACCUAGACAGAGCCUAAACAUUUCACAAAAGUUCCGUUUUGAUACCGAGCCUCGCGAUGCAUCCGCUGUUCUGCGGGGGCGCCUCAGUGUCGCAGUUGGUAGGUGGCGCUGUUGGAGAUUUCAGUACCGAGUGGAGCCGCAGAUCAAUGGGUCUGAUAGUUAUGUUCAGCACGCGUUGAUACUGGCCGAUUUGUCGUCAUGAUGUCCUCGGACACCUGCUCCGACUCGGAGAGUGACGAGAAGAUCGAGCUGCGACUGCGACUGAGUCGCUCGGGGCCGCUGAACUCGGGCGCUUCGCUCGACUCGCUGGUGGCCGGCCGCCAGACUCCCGGCUACCACCCGUCAGCGCUGCUGCCGGCGCUCACGGACCAGCAGCGCACCUUCCUGGCGCUGGUCGAGGACGGCGACACGGACGCUGUCCAACACUUCCUGGCGUCGGCGCCCGGUCUGGACAUCAACUGCGCCGCCUUCUCGGGUGUGACGGCGCUGCACACAGCCGUGGAGCGCGGCGACACGGCCAUGGUGGCGCUGCUGGCGCGCCGGCCCGAGCUGCGCGUGGCCGACUGCGUGCUGCACGCGGUGGCCGGCGGCGACACGGAGCUGACCCAGCUGCUGCUGGAGCGGCUGCCGGCCGGCUGCGAGGCGCGCGGCUACCUGGACAGCGCCGCCUUCACACCAGACAUCACACCGCUGCUGCUGGCCGCGCACAACGACGACUACGAGAUGGUGCAGCUGCUGAUGGCGCGCGGCCACCGGCUGCAGCCGCCGCACCCGCCGCACUGCCUCUGCGCCGCCGUCUGCUUCAGCAAGCUGGACGGCGAGGACCUGGCGCACUCGCUGAAGAGGCUGCACACGUACCGGGCGAUGGCGGCGCCGGCCUACAUCUGUCACACUGCCGCCGACCCGGUGCUCACCUGUUUCACGCUGUCUGAGGAGCUGCGCGAGUGUGCCGCCAGCGAGGCCGAGUUCCGCACCGAGUACACCGAGCUGUCCUCGCAGGUGCGCCAGUUUGCAGUGCGCCUGCUCGACUACUGCCGCACCACAGAGGAGGUGGAGCUGGUGGUCACCCAGCGGGCCGGCUGCUACGAGGGCUCGCGGCCCUUCAAGUACCCCCGCAUCCUGAUGGCGGCCGACCUGGGCCAGAAGGAGUUCGUGGCGCACCCAAAGAUCCAGCAGGUGUUUACCAAUCAGUGGCUGGGCAGGCGGCAGCGCUGGCGACAGUACUCGCUCUGCAAGAAGUCGGCCAUCUUUAUGUUCCAACUGCUGCUGCUGCCCGUCACGUCGCUGUUUUUCAUCCUGGCGCCGAGGUCCAAACUCAACACGUACUGGGACUCGCCCAUCAACAAGUGGCUCAACUGGAUGGCAUCAUAUGUGAUAUUUCUGCUGUUGAUCAUUAUCUCUGAGAUUCUGGACGAGAUCAAUCAGGUGCGCGGCCCUCCGGACUCGCCGCUCAAGUACGUGCUCAUUCUGUGGGUAGUGAGCAUCACCUACUCGCACGCGCGCCAGUGCUGGCGCAAGGGCUUCCAGAGGUUCUUCGCCAGCUCGUGGCACUGGUACGACACCAUCACGCUGUGCUUCUUUUACCUGGCGUUCGUCUGCUGGGCCGUGUCGGCGUACGACGUGCGCCACUACGACAACGUGCACCUGGAGCGCAAGUUCUGGCACCAGUACGACCCGACGCUGGUCGGCGAGAGCUUCUCAGCCGUGGCCAACAUCCUGGCCUUCAUCAAGCUGCUGUACGUGUUCCAGCUGAGCGCCACGCUCGGACCGCUGCAGAUCUCGCUGGGCAAGAUGAUCAGCGACGUCGGACAGUUCCUGGUGCUGUUCGCCGCCGUGGUCGUGUCUUUCUCGUCUGGUAUGAACAGAUUGUUUGAUUACUACAAGGGCAUGGUGCGGAAGCUGGGGAACGGUGACGAGGCGGUGCAGAUGCACUCGUUUGUGAACCUGCGCUCGGCGUUCCGCACCCUGUUCUGGACGCUGUUUGGACUGUACGAUCUGGAGUCGGUGACGGUAGUGAUUGAGAACCUGCCGGGCGGCAGCGCGGCGCUGCCGGUCAUCAACUGCCACGGCUUCACCGAGGCCAUCGGAUACAUCCUGUUCGCCGCCUUCCACGUGCUCUGCGGUAUGAUCAUCAUGAACAUGCUGAUCGCCGUGAUGACGUGCACGUUUCACGAGGUGCACGCGUCGGCCGACACCGAGUGGAAGUUCGCUCGCACACACGUCUGGAUCACGUUCAUCCUGGAGCCGGCCAUGCCGCCGCCCUUCAACCUCAUCCCGAGCGUGGUGAGCGUGUGGCGCUGCUUCAGCUGGCUGGGGCACGCGAUGCUGCGCACGGCGGGCCACACGGCGCGCUGCGACUCGCGCCGCUGCUGCUACCAGGAGGAGGAACUGGCGCCGGCCGACACAGCCGCCCAGUACCGGCUGCUGGUGGCCGCGCUGGCGCAGCGCUACUUCCGCGACCGGGCCGAGCAGGGCGCCGGAGAGCCCGCCACCGUGGCGGAGGUCGGCGGCAUCCUGGCCGACGUGCAGGCGCUCAAGGCCGAGGUCAGGGACCAGGCCUGGGGCAGGGCGCGCUCCCCGGCGGAGAGAGCCGCAGCCGCCUCCGUGGCUUCCUGAUGAACCGAGCGACACUUGGGAGACGUGUGCGAGUGGAGUUGAUCACUGUUUGGUCGUGGAGUGAACUUCAGAGAGGUUGUUCACGGUGUCUCUAGGUAUGUGCGUGAAGUUUGCCUAUGGUGUCGCUCACAUUUCACCAAACUGUCAAUUUCAAAACCGUGCGUAACGUCACUCCGCAAUGGAUGAGAUCGGAAGGUGCCAGACUUGCUGUUUUUUCCGGUGGUGGAAUCUGGUGCAUGUAAAUAAGAGGAAUAUGUGUGUCUGUGUUAUUAAAUCAACUUUUGAUUUGGUGUCCGAGAUAAAAGGGAGGAUAGAAUGUGAA